AUGGAUCUCUCUGUUUUGCCAAAUAAUAACCAUCCUGACAAAUUCCUGCAGUUAGAGGUGAAGUCUUUGAUGAGGAGCUCAGCCCGCCUUCAGGCCAACCUGGCCAGAUUUCCAGGUGGAAAUUAUCCUGCUGCUCAGCACUGGCAGAACCUAGUCUACUCACAGAGAGAAAAGAAGAAUCUCACUAUGCAACGAAUUAGGAACGCGGCUGUGGAGGGCCCUGUGGUUCCCGAGAUGCCCCCACCCUCCCUGUCAUCAGUUCUGAAGAAUAACCCAUUAUAUGGUGAUAUAAGCUUGGAGGAAGCGAUGGAAGACAGAAGAAAGAAUCCUUCGUGGACCAUUGAGGAUUAUGACAAGCGUUCUUUGCACACCAACCUCUCCGACCACCUGAAGGAAAAUCCUAAUGACCUCCGGUUUUGGCUGGGAGACAUGUACACACCAGGUUUUGAUACCUUGUUGAGAAAGGAAGAAAAACAAGAGAAGCAAUCAAAAUACUGCCGCUUAGGUCUCCUUGUGCUCCUCGCUGCCUGUGUCUUGGUUUCCAUAGUGACAGUCAGUGCACUUUUCACCUAA